AGAUUCCCCUUAACCAAACAAAAGAAAUUUAGAGAGACGAUGAUGGGUUUUUGGACUCAUCUUUUUGCCUUAAUUAUGCAUUCUGCAUCUCUCCUCUGAUUUUUUUUUUUUUUCUUUCUUAAUAGAAUCGGAGCUUUGAAGGAGAAAGGAAAGGUGUCUUUUUGUUUGUUUUGUUACAAAUUAGUUUUGUCUUUCAUCGCCUUUGGCUUUGGAUCAUGCAUCGCCUUUUUCCUCUCUGCGUCUUUUAGCCCAUCAUCUACUAAAGCGUAAAGGCCUUCUCUUGUGUCAGAGAAAAAGGUUUUCGAAAAUGGUUUUGAGCUGGCGUCGAGCCUUCUGCACAUCCAUUCCCAAAGAUGAAGACCGCGCCGCUUCGCCGAUCAUCACAGACAAACCCAGUCCCAGGCUCAGGUCCAGAUUCACUGGAUUUUUCUCCGAGCCGUCCACGCCGCGCCUCCCGGUGUCCAGCCCCUCCCUUCGCUGCACAACCCCCGCCGUGCCGUCCUCCGACAGUCCCAGGCUUCAAUGCCGGACUAGGAAGAGCCCCCGAUUCUUCCACAGCUCGGCGCCUUGUUCGCCGCGCUCGCCGUCCACGUUUUCUCUGCUCAAAUCGGGCCUCCGCAUUACAAAGGAGCAGAGUAGGUGCGGAAUAUGCUUGCAGAGCGUGAAGACGGGGCAAGGCACGGCCAUAUUCACGGCGGAGUGCGGCGACGCCUUCCAUUUUCCGUGCAUCGCCGCCCACAUGAAGAAGCAGGGGACGGGAUCUGCCCUCGCCUGCCCCAUUUGCAGCGCCACGUGGAAGGAAAUGCAUCUCGUCGAAACCGAUCAGCAGCAGAUCAAUCCCUCGCCGGAGCAGAACAAGUCUUCUGUGUUUAAGGUUUACAACGACGACGAGCCGCUCUCAUCUCCGACUUCCGGCGCACGCUUCAUUCCCAUACCUGAAUCCGAUGAGACCGAAGAGGAAAACGACGAUUUCCCAGGCUUCUAUGUCGUUCCGGAUAAGAUCAAGUCCAGGAAUGUGGAAGUCGGUCUGUUGUCCGAGGCGGCGGUGGUGUCAGUCGGGAAGACAAGCGAGACCUACGCCGUCGUUUUGAAGGUGAGAGCGCCGAUGCCGCCUCCUCGCAGAGCGCCUAUCGAUUUGGUGACGGUGCUGAAUGUGAGCAGAAGCGUCACCGCGGAUAAGCUCCAUCUAAUGCGGAGGGUGCUGCGGAUGGUGGUGUCGUCCCUCUCCGCCGCCGACCGCCUCUCCAUCGUCGCAUUCUCCACCACAUCCAAGCGCCUCCUGCCGCUCCGCCGCAUGACCACCUCCGGCAGGAGAUCCGCGCGCCGGAUCAUCGACGCCGUGGUCGCACUGGAUGGCGGCGCCACCAGCGCCACCGACUCGCUGAAGAAGGCCGCCAAGGUCAUCGAGGACCGCCGCGAGAAGAACCCGGCGGCCAGCAUCCUUCUCCUGUCGGACGGCCACCGCGGCAGCCCGCUCGUGUCGUCCACGCGCUUCUCCCACAUGGAGAUCCCCGUGCACACCGUGAACCUGAGCGCGUGCGUGAACGCGCCGCCGGGCGAUCAGCUCCCAAAGAGCAUCACGGGGCUGCUGAGCCAGGUGAUGCAGGAGCUGAGGGUGCAGGUCUCGUUCGCUGCCGGUUCGGCCCCGGGCGAGAUCUCGGCGGUCUACUCGUACGCAGGGAAACCGGCCCUGGUCGGAUCCGGUUCGAGCUGGUGCCGGGUCGGGGAGCUCCACGCGGAGGAGGAGAGAGAACUGCUGGUGGAGAUGCGGGUCCCACCGACGACCGGUGGGGCCCGGCGGCUGAUGUCAGUCCGUUGCUGUUACAGAGAGCUGUCAACUCAACAGACCAUAUACGACAAGGAGCGGUGCCUCGUCGUCCCCCGCCCACGCGCCGUCGGCUCCUCCACCCGGGACAUCCAGCGCCUCCGCUGCCUCUUCGUCACCACUCGCGCCGUGGCCGAGAGCCGGAGGCUGGCUGAGCGCAACGACGUGGCCGGGGCGCUCAACAUGCUCGCCUCCGCCCGGGCCCUUGUCCUGCAGUCGGGCUCGGGCUCGGGCGAGGAGUUCGUGCGCGGGCUCGAGGCCGAGCUCGCGGUGCUCAAUUGGAAGCGGCAGGAUCAGGUGCUCCCACGGGCCCGGCCCGACGAUAAGGCCGAGCCGCUUACACCGACGUCGGCUUGGCGAGCCGCGGAACGCCUCGCCAAAGUCGCCAUUAUGAGAAAGUCUUUGAAUAGAGUCAGCGAUUUACAUGGCUUCGAGAAUGCGAGAUUUUAAUAUUUCUUCUUUUAUUAUCUUUGUAGUAAAAUAAAAUUACAAAAAUUAUAAGAAAAAUGUACAAAUAUAUUAUGUGAAAAAGGCCAGAGAUUAAGAGGUGGUUUGGGAGUGAGCGACCCCACGUAGUAUAAUUGAGUGUCCCAAAUUUAAAUUUUUGGGGGGUCAUGGUAUUAUUAUUUUUCUUGUUGUUUUAUCCUUAUUAUAUUUGAAAUUAUAAAAUAGUUGUAGGGAAAGAUGUUAUGAUUUGAUAUGAUAUGAUAUGAAUGUCUUAUAGCAAUCAACUGAAAAGUUUUUGUGGA